UUAAAAUGGAUGAAAAUAGGUAAUUAAAUUUGGUAUUCCAACAUCUAACUUUGCCUUGAGCUGACCAAAGCUGGUUUAUUUUUACCCAUAAGUCUUAAAAUGACUAAAAUUUCUUUUGAAAAAAGCAUCAACCAUCAAUAUGUACCUAUUGACCAAUGGUGUGAUAUGUACUUCUGAGAAUUGGAUAUUUGUAAAUACUAUCAUCUGCUUCUAAAAUUUAUCCCUUGAAAAUAAUCUUAGAAGCUGAUAAGCACACUUUUUCUUUCAAAAUCUUUACUGAAUCCUUAAAUUAAGCAUUCCUAACGCUCUUGACCAAUUAAAAAUUAGGAAAAUUAGCACUUUUCUUAAAAUUUCAAUUAGAAUCUUCUAAAAUACCUUCUCAUACCCAUCUUUGUAGAUACGACACCUAUUGGGACCAGACAGCAGAGAACAACAAUGAGGAAGAAGAGGAAUACGAUAAGGGAUAUAACUACGAGCCAGAGGUAGACAAUGAAGAAGAGAAGCUGCCACAAGCUUUCAGCGAAGAUCUGGGAGACCUCAAACUUGGAGAUACUAUGCAACCCACCUUUAUGCAGGAUGACAAAAUAGAAUGGGAUAGAUCUGAGUAUGACAUCUGUAUCGUUGAGAUAGUCAAGCAAGGCCACACGAGUUAUAAGAUCAAAGGAGUUGACAAAAACGGCGAACUUGAUAUCUGUAGAAGGUAUAAAGAGUUUUACGCACUCAGAAAUAUUAUGAGAAAACGCUGGGUUGGCUUCUACAUCCCUGGAAUUCCUCCAAAGAAGCCUAUCGGAAACAAAGAAGAUAUUGUAGUUAAGGAAAGAUGGUACCUUCUCAAUAGAUUUCUUCAAGAAGUCUCAAAAAUCCCUCAUCUUUGGGAAUCGGAAGAAAUGGGGAUUUUCUUGAGACCAAAAAUGGAUGUUGAGAAAAAUUUGAAUUUACUAGGAAAGAUGACUAGUGAGCAGAUUCUUGAGAGAAUAUCAACCUAUUGAGGAGUAGAUUACCUUGCCGCUACUUCUACUCAGAACAAAUACAAAGAUGUGUUAAGGGACUUUGUGGGAAGCUCAAAAGAUCUCUUUAAGUUUUUGAAUAACUUCAAAGAAUAUGCCAAAAAGUUAGAACAAAUCAGGAAAUUGAAGCUUCUGGCCGAUGCAAAACUUGGUGGAUUCUUGGCUAAAUAUGAAGAAAGUACUGUGGCUUUGUACGGAAUUAGUGAUUUCACAAAUAAUCGUGUUGUAUCAAACACUGAUAAUGAUGCAGUCAGAAGUACUUUAGAUGGCGUACCAAAAACUGUAGAUAAUCCUUACAGUGUUUUUAAGCAUUGGGUUAAAGAAGAGAUAAUCGAUUUCCAUGCUCUAGUCGAAGCUAUUUCCCAGAAAAAUUUACUAGAAGGAAUGAAAAAUAAAGCUGAAAGUAAGAAAAGAAGCAGCCAAUCAGAGUUAGACAAACUCAAUGCAGGAAAGAAGACAUUCAAAUCAUUUUUUAAAUCAGCUUCUCAAAAAGCUACACAGAUCACAACACUGACACAGACAAUAGCUCAGUGCGAUGUUGAUAUCGAAAAUUUAGAAAAGGCCAUAGUCCAUGUUGAAAUGUAUCUGGGAGACACAGCAUUGCCUGUAUUUAAGAAGAAAAAAGUUUCUGCUUAUUACAGCACUCUCAAAGACUUAGCUGGAAAGGAGCAGACAAAUUGUCAGAAUCUUUUGGAGUCAUGGAAGGUCGUGUACAAUGCUUUUAGCGAGAAACUUCAGUAAUCAUUUCUAAGAAUAACUUGUAUUG